UUUCAUUUCGUGGCCGCAUGUUAAUGGGUGAGAAAGUUGCUAUACCAGAUGGAUACAGUGGCUAUCUUCUCAGGGAGAAUCGUAAACCUGUCACUGAUAACCAGGAUAGAUCUUUUCGAGCUAUAAAAAGAUUUUCUGAAUUCACACAUUGGAAUCUUGAGGACAGGCCUUGUUUAAAUGACAAGAUCAGAAAGGCAAUGCAAUGGAUUUACAUUUCUUCAGCGAUACAUCAACCUGUGAAGACUGACACUGUUAUGGCAAAAAUUACAUGACAAUGGUCGAAGUGGUAAUUUCUAAUUCUUACCUCAGGGUGGAGAAGGAUGAUGUUUCAAAGUGUUCUUCCUCUGAUGAACUAGAAGAAGAAUGUACAUUUCAUUCAAUUUCAAUUUUAUUGAAAGUUUAUGUCAAUCAUAAUUGAUCGUUAAUCAUUUAUUCCGAUUGAUUUCAAUCCAAACCAAAAUCUGUAUAUAACAUGUACAUUGGAAAGCUACCAUUGGUGCUGCUUUCUUUAACAUACGUAGAUUGUGGAAGAGAAAGUGAGUUGUGGAUUGCUUGAA